UCUAACUUAGGUGAAAAUGGCGAGGAGGUUUGUUUUGAGAGUGUAUGUAGCGGCGAAGCACAUGACGGCGAAUGUGGUGGAUUGGAAUGAGAGGAGGGUGGUGGCGAGUGCAUCAACGGUGGAGAAAUCGAUAAGUGAUGCGUUCGAGUUGGGGAAGAACUGUAACGCGAAAGCGGCGGCGUCUGUUGGUGAGGUGUUGGCUAUGCGGCUGAAGACGGAGGAGCCGGAAAUUGGACUUGGAAGUGGGGUCCACAUGGAUGUUGAGAAAGAGAUUGAAAAGAAGAGUGUUGAUACUGGACCUGAGGUUUGGGCUGUUGUUGAUGCUUUGAGGAAGAGAGGUGUUAAGGUUUUGGUUUGACCUUUGUAAAGAUGGCUUGUUUGAAGAAGCAUUUGUUUUGCUGUCGGAAAUGGAAGAUAAAGGCCGCUUUCCUGAUGCCUUCAAUAUUGAAAUAAUGAUUUCUACUCUCUUUGAAAGAGGUGAGAAUGAUAAAGAGAGAAACUUCUUCAUGAAAUGAUUGUUAGAGGCCUGCUAUAAGAGUAAUAAGAGCAAAUAUAGGUAUGUCGCUUUCUAGUUAUACAUUGUUAUUUUGAAUUUUAAUGUUAAUCAUAGCGUCAUUAAUUUACUUGUUUUGAAUUUUAUAGUCCGUUUGGUUCUAUGAAAAGAAAAGAAAGUGGGAGGAAAGAAAAUUACUCAAACCAAUACAUGAAUUUAGACCACUUUAGUCCAAGUUCAUGCAUCGAUUUACGUCCCACUUUUUGUCCAUAGAACCAAAUGAUAAUCUUCGUUAAAAGAUUGCUUAUCAGUUAUUUGUUUGCUGUUAUUAAUAUACUGUGGUAAUAGUGAUAGUUGCAUUUUCUGUUUUCUAUAUUAGUACACCUGAUUGUAUAUUGGUAAUUGUUCAAUGCCCUUUAUAUGUGGCGAUAGAAAAACCAGAGUUACCAGAUAUCUUGAUUGUACAAUCUCGAUAUCGCAUAAUUUCUGUGUUUCAUUGAAAACGUGAUAGUAUUGUAGAUAUUAAAUUCUUAUAUGUGGAUCCAAGGAGCUGAGAUUUGAAAUGGUCUUGUUGCUAGUUGCUACUGAUUUUUUAUUUAUCUAAUGUUUAUAAUUAAUCAGGGCUUAAGUGUUAGUUUAUUAGGAUAGCCGUCCAAUCUUUCUAAGCAUCGAGCCUUUUCUUUUCUCCGCUCCCUUUAUGAUUAUGCCGUUUUCCUAUUUUCAGUAAUAGAAAAACCAGCAGUAAGACCAAACUUAGAGUGAGCAACAGUAAUGCCUUGAUUUCAUAAAUUCUUGUUCUUACGAGAAUUGUCUGUCUAAACUCAGUAGGAGUAUAUGUCUGCAUGGGAUUGGAAUGGAAGGGUUAAAUGCGUGUUUGAUGCAGAUUAUCUGUGAUAAGGAAUAAAAUGAUCAGAAUUUAAAUGUGUGUUUGAUGCAGAUUAUCUGUGAUAAGGAAUAAAAUGAUCAGAAUUUAAAUGUGAAUUAUGAUUCUGCUGUAAAAUUUGAUGUCGUCAUAUUUUGAGUGGUUCAAUUGGCAUGAAAUUGAUUUUCCGA